UUCGCAGACGGAAAUCUUGAUGAAUGGGUUAACUACUGGUUAGAGCAGCAGAAAUUUUCCAACGACUAUCAAAGAAAUGACUCAUUCAAUUCCUCUACGGCUACCUCUCCAUACAGAAGUGCUGAGGGUUCAACAACAGGAAGCGAGCGGUAUUCUCUCCAGCGCCAGGCCAGCAACGAGGAGCUGCACCAUUUGCGAUUUAUUAGUAACCAACAGAAAAAGCGAAUUCAAGAGCUGCUUCGAGAGACAGCCAUUCUCAAUGAUCAAGCGACUGCGUUACGGUGCGUUUAGAACACUUGAGUUGGCGAUUGGAGCCGUCGGCACUAUUUAA